AUGACUAAUAUCCUAGAACGCUUAGCUGAUAGACAAGGUCCUGGACCACUUAACCAGCCCGGGGGCCAGGAUAGAGGAGAAGAUAAGGGUUUGGAGAGGUUCUUGAAGUUUAACCCACCUAAAUUCACUGGAGAGCCCGACCCCGAGGCAGCUGAGAACUGGGAGUGGUACGUGCCUGGUGGGUUGAUAAGGGGGAAGUGGGAAAGAGCGCAGACCCCUUGGACUUGGGAAAACUUCACGAGGGAAUUUAAUGAGAAAUUUCUCCCACCAUUGAUUCAAGAGAAAAGGGAAGAUGAAUUUAUAAAGUUGAGGCAAGGAACUUCUAGUAUAGCCGAGUAUGAAGGGAAAUUUACUAAGCUUUCUAAGUAUGCUCCAGAAUUGGUGACUACUGAACGAAGGAGGAUAAGGCACUUUGUACAAGGACUUAAUGUGGAGAUUCAGGAGGGUUUAGCAGCAGCCCAAAUCUCUACGUUCACUGAAGUCUUAGAAAAAGCACAGAGAGUCGAGAGUGUCAGGCUGCAAGUUAGAGACUUUCACGCUAAGAAAAGAGGCACUUCUAGUAACCCUUCUGGACAGGCAGAUAAGAGUGCCCCACCUUUUAAAAAGGGAAAAGGAACGGGUGGAGUGGAGAUAUCUGUCAUACCAAAAGGGACUCAAUCAAGAGGGGAUCGCAAUGGACGAGGUCAAUCUAGAGGGACACCUCCAAGUGGUCAAUCUGUGGCUCCCCAAGUUGUUUGUGGUUAUUGUGGCAAGCUCAACCAUACAGAGAGUGAUUGUUUUAGGAAACAAGGGAGGUGCUUGUAUUGUGGUAGUACCGAGCACCAGAUAUCGAAAUGCCCAACCUUUUCCAUGAAUGGAAGAAUCAGUGAGGCUUGUGCUCUAUUCAAUCGAAUGCCAUUUCAGAACUUGAUUUCUUGGAACACAAUGAUGAGCGGUUACUUGUAUAAUGACUAUUUUAAAGAAGCAGCUGACUUAUUUGAUAAAAUGCGUCGAAGGGACUCUUUUACUUACAGUCUCAUGAUUACUUGUUAUGCACGUAGCGGUUUCGUAGAAAAAGCAAGGCGAAUAUUUGAUUCGAUGCCCGAUAAGAGUUGUGCAGCGUGUUGGAAUGCACUGGUUACAGGGUAUGUCAAGAAUGGGAUGCUCAGCGAUGGUAGGAAAUUGUUCAAUGAAAUGCCAGUGAGGAACUUGGUUUCGUGGAAUACAAUGCUCUCGGGAUAUACCCGUAGCGGGCAAAUGCGUUUGGCUGCUAAGUUUUUCGAAGAGAUGGAAGAAAAGGAUUGGAUUUCGUGGAAUUUGGUAUUAGAAGGGUACACGCAAGCUGGUGAUCUGAAUGCUGCUAGGGAGUUUUUUGAAAGGAUUCCCAAUCCAAGUGUUGUUUCUUGGGCCACAAUGUUGAGUGGCUUUGCAAGGCAUGGCCACCUUUCAGAGGCAGAGGGAUUCUUUAACAACAUGACGGAGAGAAAUGUUGUUGCUUGGAAUGUGAUGUUGGCUGCAUACAUUCAAAAUUGCAAGGUUGACAAGGCAGUAGAGUUAUUUAAUGAGAUGCCAGAGAAGGAUGCUAUAUCAUGGACUACCAUCAUCAGUGGUCAUGUCCGAAUUGGUCAGCUUGAAGAAGCAAAGAAAUUGUUGGAUAGAAUGCCUUAUGAAAAUGUAGGGUCACAAACAGCCAUGAUACUUGGCUUUAUUCAGAACAAUAGGAUGGAUGAUGCCAGUCAAAUUUUUGAUCGCAUGAGGAAACGUGACACUGUCUGUUGGAACACGAUGAUCGCGGGAUAUGCUCAACAUGGAAGAAUGGAUGAAGCUUUCGAUCUAUUUCAAAAUAUGGCCCCAAAGAAAAUAGAUACUUGGAACACCAUGAUUGCGGGCUAUGCUCAAGUAGGAAAAAUGGAGAGAGCACUUGAGUUGUUUGAGCAAAUUGAGGAAAAGAAUGUAGUUUCUUGGAAUUCCAUAAUUUCAGGUUAUGCACAAAAUGGGUUAUACAUGGAUGCACUGAAGAGUAUUUUGCUCAUGAUUCGUGAUGGGAAGAAGCCUGAUCAAUCCACUUUUGCUUCUGGCCUAAGGGUCUGUGCGAGUCUUGCAGCUGAGCAAUUUGGGCAGCAACUUCAUCACAUUGUGGUGAAAAAUGGUUAUAUGAAAGAUAUGGUUGUCAGUAAUGCUCUAAUUACAAUGUAUGCCAAGUGUGGAAGUAUCUUGAGUGCCAGAGAUGUAUUCAGUGAUGUUGAUAACCUUGACGUGGUAUCCUGGAAUUCUUUGAUAGCAGGCUAUGCUCUGAAUGGAUAUGGGAUAGAGGCAUUCAAACUUUUCCAAGAAAUGGAAGGAUAUGCUGUCAUUCCUGAUCAAGUUACUUUUGUUGGGGUUCUUUCUGCAUGUAAUCAUGCAGGCUUAGUUUCUGCAGGUCUAACCUUGUUCAAUUGCAUGACGCAGAAGUAUGGCAUUGAACCUUUGGCUGAACAUUAUACUUGCAUGGUCGAUAUGCUUGGCAGAGCAGGAAGGUUAGAGGAAGCCUUUGAGUUAGUCAGGAAAAUGAAGGUCCAAGCCACUGCAGGAAUAUGGGGUGCUCUUCUUGGGGCUUGUCGCUUGCAUAAAAAUGUGAUGCUUGCUGAUUUUGCUGCUAGGAAGCUUUUUGAAAUUGAACCUCAUAAAACAUCAAGUCUAGUGCUUCUCUCAAAUAUUUAUGCUCAGUCAGGGAGGUGGGAUGAGGUCGACAGAGUUAGAAAUUUCUUGAAUCAGAAUGGCAUUGAAAAGGAGCCGGGAUGCAGCUGGAUUGAGGAUCAACGCCAGAUAUUGGUUUUUCAAUCUGAUGAUUAUUCAUGGCCAAAAACAGCAGAAAUAUAUAGGGCAUUACAGAUUUUAACAACACAGAUUAUGGAGCUUUCCUGUUUAAAUGGUAUUGAGUGUGCUCUUCUUGAUGUUGGAUGA